AUGUCCUUGAUUUCCAACCCCGAGUGCGCAAUCUUAUUUGGCAGCUGUGUGUACAAUGGGACCUACGAUGCGAGGGAGCUGCUCGCGGAACCUCGGGUCCCAACUGGGUUGCAAACAUGGGCAGCAACAAUGAAUGUUUGCGCUCAGUUCUCCUAUCUUGCGUUCGAUAUUAUUGGCGAUCUCGCGCUAGGAUCUCCAUUCGGGCUUAUUCAGGCUCAAACAGAUUCUUCACCAUCUAUCGAGUCUACCGAUGCAUCUGGAGAACCCGUGCGCGGGACAAUGCGAGUUCCAGUAAUUGAAACGAUAGCUGGCGCAGCAUUCACUGGCAUGUCAGUAGGCAUAUUCCCUUCGUGGGCACAUAGGCUCCUUCGAUUACUCCCGUGGAACAUUUCAGGGACCAAUAAUAGGAUAAAUCUCUUAAAACUAGCCACGGCUUCGGUGGAGGCAAGAAUCAAACGAGGUUCUAGAAAAGACUCAGAGUCUGGAGGGUGCGGUAUCGACCUGGUCGCCAAACUCCUUGAAGCAAAGAAUGAUGACGGUAGUCCCUUGUCUGCUAAUGAGUUGUAUGCGGAGGCUCACACUGAGCUCCUUAUGCUACCACUUGGCAAUUAUCCGGAGGUCCAGCGAGAAUUACAAGCUGAACUCGAUCUCCAUGUCCCAUAUGACUCAUCCGAAGAAACUAGUGGCAAAGCGCCGCCAAACGAUGCGGUAGUUUACUAUGAGAUGAUAAAGAACCUACCUUACUUGGAUGCCUGUAUUAAAGAGGCAUUGCGAAUCCAUUCGACGGUCGGCACAGGCAUGCCUCGGACUGUCCAUCCGGGAAGACGAUCCACCGUUGCUGGCCAGACGUUCGAGGCAGGGAGCGUAAUUAGUGUCCCCUCAUACACAACCAAUCGAUCAAGCGUCUGGGGGAAUGACGCUAGUGAUUUUCGGCCUGGACGUUGGCUGGAAGACGGUGCUGGCUCUGAACAAAUACUUCGUGCCGUUCUCAAUAGGACCAAGAGCCGUAUCGGCCGGAACCUGGCGUAUAUGGACUGA